AAAAUGAACAACUGAGGAGAUCGCUAAGGUGGCGGUUUAACCUUUUGCAACAAACACGUCACGAGCUCGAAAUGAACAACCUCUUCUUCCUCCUCCUCCUCUUAGCCGCCUCCAUCGCAUCUCCGACGGCGGCCGACGGCUCCGCCAAUGCCUACAUCUACGCCGGUUGCUCCGAGAGCCGCUACGCCCCCGGAUCCCCCUCCCAGAUCAACGUAGACUCUCUCCUCUCCUCCCUCGUCUCCGCCUCCUCCUCCACUCCUUACUCUAACCUCACAUCCACCGCCGCCUCCGCCUCCUUCCCUUCCUUCGGCCUCUUCCAGUGCCGCGGCGACCUCCAGCCCUCCAAUUGCGCCGAUUGCGUCCGAUCGGCUGUCUCCAGUAUUUCCUCUCUCUGCCCCUUCGCUGCCGGCGCCGCCGUCCAGCUCGACGGCUGCUUCCUCCGCUACGGUAACGAUUCCUUCGUCGGGGAGCCCGACACCAGCGUCCUCUACAAGAAGUGCGGCGCCGCUGGGGGAGGCGGGUACGGAACCGACCAGAUCGGUAUCCGAGACGCAGCUCUUUCCGCCCUGACCGGUGGCGGAGGCAACGGCGGAGCCGGCGGGUACAGGGUCGGCGCCGCCGGGUAUGUCCAGGCGGUGGCGCAGUGCGUUGGCGACCAGAGCGCGAGCGAGUGCGACGACUGCGUGGCAGCGGCGGUAGGGCAAGUCAGGGCCGCCUGCGGGUACGCCGUCUCCGGCGACGCCUACCUUGGCAAGUGCUACGCUCGGUUCUGGUACACCGGCAACGGAGCCUAUAACGACGACGCGGACCACCACCACGACGACCCGGAUCACCACCACGACGAUGACGGUAAGCUCUUCUCUCAGCUCAGCGGCGGUGGCCGUACAAUCGACUCGCAUCGUUUUAGAAUUUCAAAUUUUAUUAUUUCUCUGUUUUCCUUUUAAUUGCAGAGUAAAAAUAAAUUUUACCCCAUAUUUUACUUUUAACUCAUGAUUCACAUUAACAACUUUCUUAAUUUAUAAUUCAUACUUAUUUAAUUUAUCAAGCAUCAUAAUAUCGACUUAAUAUGAUUAUACGUGGAGUUAUUGUGACAUUAUCGAAGUAUCUACUAAUAAAGUGACU